ACGUGUGUGUAAACUGCAUGCAGGUGUUGCAUGCGGAAAGAUAAGCAUACGUAAACUACGGAACCUGCUGUUACACUAAUAACAUAUAUCAAUAAUACAAAAAACAUUUCUUUGAAUGAAGAUGAAGAGAAAAAUAUAAAUAAGUUCUAAGAUUAACACAUAUGGUAUUUAAUUAGUAAACAUUAUUGAUUUGGAAUUGUUGAACUGCAGACUGAAUUUGUAUAUUUUGUCAGAAAAGAAAAAACAUAGGUUAGGUUUUUCAGUCAUGGCACAAUCUACAGCCAGUGGAACGUCAUCUCGACGAUACAUGAGAGAACAUGACGUUAAUGUAUCAUCUUCCUCACGUUACAUGCCUAACGAAUGGGAAACUAAAGAGGCAUUGCCACAAAGAGAAUUGGAGGAAGCCAGAGCACGAGCAGCACAAAUGGAAAAAACAAUGAGAUGGUGGUCAGAUUGUACUGCCAAUUGGCGUGAAAAAUGGAGCAAAGUUAGAAACGAAAGGAACAUGGCACGUGAAGAAGCCAAAGCACUUAGAGCUAAAUUAGAAAUUGCUAUGAAAGAUGCAAACACUUAUAAACAUGAAUCACAAGAAUUGGAAUUGAAGAAUGAACAGUUGAAAAAUGAAAUUGAAAAGAUACAUAUGUUGUUAUUAAAACAUGCAGGACACUUCAAUCAACAAAUAUUCUCAGUGUUGGAAUCUGAUCCACAGUUGAGAAGUACACUUGGGAUAGAUGAAUUGUUUGAUUUUUACAAUAACGCAGAGCAACAAGAAAAAGGGAGUCAAAAGGAUGCAUUGUCGUGUCAACGUUCAUUUGAAGAAUCCAAUGUUAAUUUGAGUUUUCAUACCGCUUUACCAGAUAGGGAUAUCGAAGAGUAUGUACUUCAAGGUGCAGUACCAAAACAUGCUGUAGAAUUGUACAAAGAAGGUUCUUUGAGUACAUUAGACAGAGAUAUUGCACAGUUAACUGUAGAAUCAUCAGGUGAAACUAAAUCAGAAAAACGUCAAUCUUCUAUUGAAAUGUACAAUGAAGAAGUAUUAGCUCAGAAACUUUCAAUGUUGCAACUCAGGUUGGAUGAAGCAACUCAAACUAUUUAUGAUGAAAGAGUAGAAAAGAAUUCAUUACAAAGAGACAUGGAAAAAUUGAAAUUGGAAGUUACACAGUUGCAAGAUAAGUGUGUCGAACUUCAAGAAAGUAGAACGGAAGCUAUGAGAGAACUUUUAGAAUUAAAAGAACGAUAUCAAGAUGAACUUAGCAGUACUCACAAUGAUUUGGUUGUAGAAACUUUAAGUAUGGAAGGUAUGGAUCAUAGAUUGUCAGAAUUAUGGACAGAAUUAGGAAAAUUGCAAGCUGAAAAUGCAGCUGAAUGGGGUAAACGUGAACGUUUGGAGACUGAAAAGAUUUCAUUGGAGAGAGAAAAUAAACAAUUGCGUAUUGAAUUGCAUGAUUUACAAGAAAGACUGGAAUCACGAAGAUCUCGUCCACUUUCAACCACAGAUAUAGAAUUGGAUAGAAAAUUAUUACAACAAGAACUUUUGGAUAGAAACAAGGAAUUGUCAGAUAUAAAACAUUCCCAAACAAAGUUGAAAAAAUUGUUGGGUGAGAAGACAACUGAAUUAUCACACGCGAUGCGAAGAUUGGAACAAUAUGAAGGAGAAGUUAAAAGAAUUCGAGGAAGAGUUGAUGAACUUAAAAAAGAAUUAUCUUCAGCUCAAGAUGAAGUAGAUGUUGCAACCAACAGUGUACGUAAACUACAACGAGCCAAUGAAGAUCUCGUAGAACAAUUACAAUCGGCUAAUGUGCAAUUAGAACAUUUUAAAAACAGUUCUGAAACAAGUGGAGUUAACAGGUCCGUGGAAUCAUUGGAUAAUAAAUUAAACGACGAUGAAGAAUUAUCCGAUGAUUAUGAAAUAAAUCAAGCCUAAUAAAAAACGAACAGCAUGGAAAUUCAACAUUGAACAAUUCGUUUAGAAACUA